AAAACACCAAUUUAAGGCGGCCUUAUUCCAAAAUUAAUUUUGAACUUGACUCAUAGUUUUAAAACUGGUUGGUAACUUCAGUAGUUACCAGCCUUUAACUCGUUCCGGCGUCUGCUCAGCUAGCCGUUCCUACAUCUUCCAUUCUUCCUUCUGCUCCAUGUCUUCGAUCCCCGGUCUCUGUAAACCCGUCAAAGAGAGCCGUGCAUUCCAGCACUAAUCCAUGGGAGGGCGGCGAUGCGAGAAAACUUGCUGCAAUACAGACAGCUAGAUCGAUUUUCUCUUCUUCUCUUUGCUCACUUCCUUCUCGCCGUUGCCGGAUUCAGAGUUUAUAGCUCAGACGAUAUCAGCUAGGGAAAGGAAGGAAACGAGCCGCACAAAAUGGGGAGGCGAGCGGCGGUGCGUAACGAAAGGGUAGCGGAUGAGUACGCAUUGCCCUCGCAGAGGUUGGUGGAGGCGGCUUUGAUGGGGGAGGUGGAGGUGGUGGAGGAAUGCCUCGCUUCUGCAAAUUUCGGAGCCGCGAGGGAGGUCGUGGUGGAUGUAAACUACGUUGGAACUGUGAACUUGAGGGUUAAGUGCGCGGAGGUGGUGCUUGGAGAGGAGAGGGCGGAUGAGGUGAGGAUCGGGUACGAGGAGUUCAGGACUGACGUCUCUGCGCUAUUCUCCGCCGCGCAUUGCGGCCAUGUCGAAGUUGUGCGGAAGUUGCUGUCAGCUGGAGCUGAUGUAAAUCAGGAAUUCUUCCGGGGUUAUGCGAUAACUGCUGCUGCCCGUGAAGGCCAUUGUAAUAUACUCAGCAUGCUUUUGAAAGCUGGAGUAUCCCAGUUUGCUUGUGAGGAUGCAUUAUUGGAGUCUAGCCUAUGUGGUGAGGCCGAAGCAGUGAAACUAUUGAUCCAGUCAGAAAUGGUCAGGGCAGAUGCUGCUGCACAUGCUCUCGUGACGGCAUCCAGUAGAGGUUUCCUUGAUGUGGUGGCUGCAUUAGUUGAGAAUGGGGUGGACGUAAAUAGCUUGGACAGAGUCCUACUACGGUCAAUCAAGCCCACCCUGCACGCGAAUGUGGAUUGUACUCCUUUAGUUGCUGCUAUUGUCAGCAAACAUAAGCCAAUCGUGAAAUAUUUGUUAGAGGCAGGUGCCAGUACAACUUGUCUGAUACAGGUGGGCGCUUGGUCCUGGGAUCCUAUUUCAGGAGAAGAGGUGAGAGUAGGCGUCUGCUUGGGAGAGCCUUAUAAUGCAUUAUGGUGUGCUGUAGAGUUCUAUGAAGCAAGUGGUGAGAUUCUCAAAUUAUUACUUCUGCAUUCCCCUUCUUUGCUAGAAGAUCCAUAUCUUGGUAGAACUCUUUUUUGCCAUGCCAUACUUUGCCAGAAUUCCAAUGCAAUAAAAGUACUGCUUGCUCUUGGUGCCAAUUCUAACUUCCCCCUGAGAACAAAACAAGGCCAUGAAUCCUACCCAAUUCAUCUUUCUGCUAAACUUGGCAAUGUCCACGUCUUAAAACAGUUAAUUUCACAUGGAUGUGAUGUCAAUGCCAAAACUUCAGCUGGAGAAACUCCUUUGAUGGUCUCUGCCAAAGCCAAUCAUGCUGAAUGUUUCUUAGAACUAAUUAUAGCAGGGGCGGACUUAGGUUUGAUCAGCAAUUCAGGAGGCAGCGCCAUUGAACUGGCAAAGCAGGGCGUGUUUUCAUCUUCUAUCCCUGAUAUUCUUUCUCAGGCUUUGUAUACUGGGGCAACAAUCCAUUCAAGUAAUCUGAGAGUAUUUUCUCCAUUGCAUUUUAUUGCUGGUUGUGGUCAUGCAGAAGCACUCCAGAUGUUUCUAAAUUCUUCCACUGUAGAACUUAACAAGCUCGACAACUCUGGGCUCACGCCUCUCAUGGUGGCGGCAAUUGGAGGCCAUUUGGAGGCUUUUCGACUGCUCGUGAUGGCUGGAGCUGAUCUUACAGUAAGAUCAAGUGAUGGCAAUACCAUUUUAUCUAUCUUGCUGCAUGAAAAUAUAGCAAGCUUCAGGGACUAUCUUGAAAAGGUCUUACUUGAUGGAGUACUUGGUAAUGUGAUAUCAAACACACAGUUUAAAGCUCUUCAUUAUGCAGCGAAGAAAGGGGAUGGUUCAUCAACAAUCCAACUUAUAAAGAUGGGAUACCAAGUCAAUUCUCUAGAUGAGAAUGGAUAUUCUCCUCUCAUGCUUUCUGCCAUGGAAGGCUUCUCCGAUGUGUGCAAGAUUCUACUCGCACGUGGAAGUGCGGACUCUGAGCUUAUAAACGACCGAAAGGAGACGGCUUUAUCGUUGGCAAGGUGCAGUAGCAGGUCAAACAAGGCAACGGAGGAUGUACUAAUGGAUCAUGUCGCUCGGUCCCAUGUUCUCGCCGGGGAGGAGCUCUCCAAGCACACUAGAGAGGGGAAGGGCAAUCCUCACAUGAAAUCGGUUCGAAUGCUCAAGUCUGGCGUGCUGAGUUGGGGGAAAACGAACAGAAGAAAUGUGAUGUGUAAGGAGGCGGUGGCAGGACCGAGCUUAAAGUUUCUGAAGAAUUGGAAAAAGAAUGAUGGGCAUAACAAAGCUGAGAUCUUUAAAGUGGUGACAGUGAAAGGCAGAGAAGUUCAUUUUGAGGCAAGUUGUGUCUCUUGCAUGGAGCUUUGGGUUCGCGGUAUUAAUCUCGUCACAAAGGAGGCUACUUCCGGCGUGACUUGAAAGGAGCUGGAGUUCUCUGCUUAUACGGCACCAUGGGUAACAAUUUGACUCUAAAAUUCAAAGUUGAAAAGAAAAAAAUGAAGUCGAUACUCAAAUCAUCCUUCUUGCAAAGCACGCUGAUCUUUAUUUUUUGAUUUGUGAUCAGUUUGCUGCAAUUGGGAAGUGAUUUACCAUGAAAUUCACUGUUGGUUUAAACGCUUGGUUUUGUAAUUUCAUUGCAAAGUAUGUGAAAAUUUGUGCAAGCGUUUGACUUGUCUCUUUGCAUAUGGAAACCAUGGGUUCUUAGUUUGAGCAAGAGCUGUACUCUUUUGCUUUGCUACCCUGGAGUAUGAGAUGUUUACUGGAC